GUGAGCCGCAUAUCGCGUUGUGGAGUUGGACUUUCAUGAACCAUUCGGGAGAUGGGAGCUUGUAACUGUUUCAACGUACUCGACCGCUGUAACCAGGCUGAUGACUGCCAAACCAGCUUUCUUGUGCGCUCGGCAGGGUUUGUACAAGGCUAAUAACCUGUGCUGAUGAUUUGACCUUUAUGGAAUCCUUUGGGACUUCACUCGGGGAUGACCGGGUAACAUCAUCGUCUCCAACAGUACCGCCGCGGAGAUCGUCAGAUGAGACGCCGAACGGAUCGCCGGGCAGCAGUCAACCGUAUCGGGCCUCUGGCAAAGCCAGGGGAACCUUUACACACAGGUUAAUUCAAUGUCAGGCCCAAGACAGCUCCCGAUCCACAGGGGAUCAGACUCCGAUACGGGUACAACAUGAAGUAGAGCUCUCAUAUCACCCAGCCGAAGCAUUCCGACAAUAUGUCGACACCGGACUUGGCGCACACAAACACAAGGGAUUCAACGGCAAGGGUGAAGCAAAGGUAUUUGUUUGCAGACCAGCUUUGGAGGAAUAUUGGACGCAUAAGAAGAUUGGAGCCGUUUUGGACCGCGAUCGCAACACAGAUGCGAACGUCGAGGACAUUAGAACAAACUUCCUCCAGGUCUUCUCUAUUCUCUGUUACAUCUCCCGCUCCAGUUACAUCAACUAUUUUAUGACCCGGGAGGUUGACGACAAAUGCCUGCUCGCCAGCCCUGCCAAGCAGCGCGGCCCUUUGUCCGACGACGCAGGGUUCUCCAACGUGUGGCUGGAGGCUUACAAGGCGCAGUGGAAGUUCAAGCCACUCACCUUUGACAGCAUUGUUCACCGAAGGGAGUUGCCCAUGGAGAGGAUCUUGCCAAUCGUCUACGAAACAAGGCUUACACCCCCGGCCAGCGACGAGGCUGCCGUUUACAAGGUAUCUGUGCAUCCCUGCUGCAUGGAUCCGACCAUGAGAAGCAUUGUCAACUCGAACGAGCUUGUCUUCAAAAUGUUUAACCCAGGCCAUAUCGAUGACAUCGACCUUUGGCAGAACGAGAUCAAUGCCUACAACGUCAUCGUCAACAGCCCAGGCGGCUCGUUAUCAUCUGGUACCAGCAGCCUGCUUCCUGACACUGCUAUUGCAUCGUCGGCAUUUGACUAUAUAGUAAGGUACCUGGGGUCUUUUAUGUGGACUCAGCAAAUCGACACAGCCAACAGUGACGAAUAUUCACCUUUAAAUCACGAUCAUGAGGACCCAGCCAUUGUGCGGAAUGACCUGAGGGGCAGGACUCAGAUCAUCAUGCUUGAAUACGCCCCAGGCGGUACCUUGGUCGACUUUUGCGAACAGCAGCUAGAACUGAUCAUGUCCCGAGCAAGGAGAGAUAGGCUGGAUUUGUGGUACCACUUGUUUCAACUCCUGCAGGCGCUAGCUGCUGUGCAUAACUUGGGCGGGACACAUCAGGACAUAAGAGCAUCGAAUGUCUUGUACAUGCGCAAAGAUGGGUCCUUGGGUAGCCGUGAGAGGCCCUGUUUCAAACUGGCAGACUUUGGAAGAAGCCAUUUCAAAAGGAUUACGGGAUCUGGGACCGAUUCCGUGGAUACCAAUAAAUCCGGCCCCGGCACCUAUAGUAAGUCCAAUCCGCGAGCCCGGGGAGCCAACGAUACCCUCUUAUACACCCUCUGGAACUGUCUCGAUCUGACGCCCCAUUCAGUGGCACCAGAAUGCUGUGGAGCCAACGAAGUUGAGCAGGCUAUACCACGACCGUACACCAAGGCCGCCGAUAUUUGGGCCCUAGGGUGCCUGUACAGCGAGAUGUUGGUGAGGUCAAGCUUAGGUUCAGACGGUGUAAGGAGAUAUCGGGAUGCUCGACGCUCCGAGAAUCAAGGGACGAUCAUGAGGAGAUUGGCCGAGCAAUGCUUCCAUGAUGGGACCAAGCGACUAUCCUGCGUGGAACAAUUCCAUCAGGGGGCACUGACGGCUUGCCCCGGAGAUGAAGUGCUACAGGCCGCAUCCGAUCCGAGUGGCAAAACGUAUGGUUGAGAAUUGCGGGAGGGGACACUGCCGGAAUUCUCUCAUCGAUAAUCGUGGCCCCUUCUGCUGCCCUGGAUCCCCCACGGUAUCAGAGAGAUCUAAGGCAACCAUCACGACACCAAACCAAUCGCUUACCUCCACCCCCACCACCGCCAUCAAGAUCGUCUGCUGUACAGAACCCGCCGAGGUGGGGUG